UAAAGUGCAAAUUUUCAAUUAAAAUUAACCACUUGUCAUAUAGGUCUAUGUUAUGUGAAGAUCAUCUUUUGAUUAUUUAUUCUUUUAUUUUAUAUAAUGCAAGCAUGAAUAUUUUGAAAAGUUUUAUUUACCCUUGUGGGCUACAGAGAAUUAUUCUCUAUAAUAGAUUGAAAAAAAUCAAUUAUACAUUAGUCAGAUCAACAUCAACCAUAAAUAUUAAAGAUGUCAAGCAUCACAGCAAACUAAAAGAUGACUGGUGGGGUGAAAACAGUAAAAUAAAAAUCCUUCAUGCAUUUAACCCACUUAGAGUACAAUUUAUAAGAGAUGGUCUGGCUAAUAUUGGUUUCAAAGAACAGACUCCAAACAUGUCAUUGCAAGGAGUUAAGAUUGUAGAUGUUGGCUGUGGAGGAGGUAUCCUAUCUGAGGCUUUAGCUAGAAUAGGAGCACAAGUAACUGGAAUAGAUGCAUCAGAAGAAUUAAUAAAUAUUGCUAAGCUGCAUGCAGAGUUAGAUUCUAAUAUAUCGAAGAAUGUAAACUAUGUUCACUCAACCAUAGAGGAAUUCUCUGGUGAGAAUGAAAAACUGUACGAUGUUGUUGUAUCCUCUGAAGUUAUAGAACAUGUAUAUAACCAAAAAUUAUUUCUAAGGGAAUGUGUAAGACUUCUGAAGCCUGGUGGAUCAAUUUUUAUAACAACACCGAACAAAACUCUAAUCUCUUGGUUUUUUGGUAUUAUAGUUGCUGAAUAUGUUAUAAAUAUAAUACCUCGCGGCACCCAUGAUUGGAAUAACUUUAUUCUUCCCUGUGAAAUUCAAUGUAUAUUGGAAAAAAAUGGUUGUAAGACUAAAUUAAUUUAUGGAAUAGUAUAUAAUCCAAUAAUUAAGGAAUGGUCUUUGUCAUCCAGCACAGCAUUUUGCUAUGGCCUCCAUGCAGUCAAGAAGAAAGAAAUCGAUGUAUAAUUUUUCUCUGUAUAAAAUAUUUUAUGAACAUAAUAAGAUGUACAUGUAUGUACUAUGAUACUAUGGUCAAAGAUCAUUGUAUACUAAAAUACUUCAAAGAUAUAAUAUAGCUGAGGUAUUUUAUUCAGAAUAAGUAUAAAUAUAUUGGAA